AUACGCUCUUGCCUGCAUAUCUGGCCUUCAUAUUCUGCCUAACUUUUCGUCUAUUUAAAAGUUACCUAAAGAAAAUCAAAACUAUAAUAGAACUAACAUUUUCGAUUAAGCAAAUGUUAUCUUAAAGUUAAAUACAAAUUCAUUUGGCAACAUUCAGUUGACAGAAAAUCAUAUGAUGCAAAUGUAAUCUGUGUUUGUUGUCGCUAAUUUGAAUUUUUAAUUUAAAAUUGAUUCUUAUAUUUUUCGACUGUUGAUACAGUCGUUUAUUUAUAUAAAAACAGAAGUUCUGAUUAGUUAUUAUUGACGAAACCAUCCAAGUUUUAGAAUCUACCAUCUUGUGAUUUCAAGCUUUCAAUAUGACAAAUGCAAAUUAUGGUGGAGGAGAUAAUCCUGAGGUGGCAAAGAAGUUCUUGCAAGAUAUAAUUAAAAGAGUUAAUGGUUUACGAGCUAUUGUGAUCACAGAUAGAGAUGGAAUUCCUAUAAUUAAAGUUAAUGCUCCUGAUAUACAGGAUCCAAUAUCUAAACCCAACUUUUUAGCUUCUGUGAGCUUAGCUAUAGAACAAGCUGGCAAAUUAGGGAAUGGAAAAAAUAAUCGCAUCAUAUGCAUGUUUAAUACAAUACAGGUUAUUCAUUUCAAUAAAAGUCCUCUAAUGAUAAGUCUUAUUGCUAGUUCUAAAGCUAAUACAGGAAUAUUAUUGAAUUUGGAAUCUGAACUAAAUGGUCUUGUUGAAGAUUUACGAACAGCUAUAGAAGCAUGAAAAUAAGAUUAAGAGGAUGGUUGUUUUUACAAGAAUUUCUGUAGGAAUUUUGUACAUAAUGGUGUAUUUAUCUUUUUCUACUAAUUAUAAAAUAAAUUUAUUCACCCUCUGU